AUGGCAACUAGUAGAGAGCAGAGAUGGUCUCUCAAGGGCAUGACAGCUCUUGUCACUGGUGGUACUAGAGGCAUUGGGUAUGCAAUAGUAGAGGAAUUAGCAGGAUUUGGUGCAGCUGUGCACACUUGUUCUAGGAACGAAAAAGAGAUCAACGAAAGGUUGGAAGAAUGGAAAGGAAAAGGGUAUGAGGUUACUGCUUCCGUGUGUGAUUUGGCUUCGAAGGAACAAAGGGAGGACCUCAUUAAGACCGUCUCUUCUGUUUUUAAUGCUAAACUUAACAUCCUUAUAAACAAUGCCGGAUCUACGUUACUGAAGGAUGCAACAGAGCAUACAGCCGCGGAUUACGCAUUUAUAAUGGGUACUAACUUUGAAUCCCCUUACCAUUUGACUCAACUUGCACACCCGCUGCUGAAAGCAUCAGGCAACGCGAGCAUCGUUUUCAUCUCUUCUGUUGCUGGUGUCAUGGCUCUUCCUUUUCUCUCUGUUUAUGCAGCCUCUAAAGGUGCUCUUAAUCAGUUGACAAAAAACCUGGCUUGUGAGUGGGCUAAAGACAAUAUUCGCACCAAUUGUGUGGCACCAUGGGGUGUUAAAACAACAAUUCAAGACCCUGAAAAGCUUGAUGUGAAAAUUAUGGAAGCAUACGGGCCAUUGAUGGCGCGUACGCCACUCAGGCCAAUAGCAGAAGCGGAUGAAAUAUCACCGUUGGUCGCAUUUCUUUGCCUUCCUGUAGCGUCUUAUAUUACGGGACAAGUUAUUGUUGUAGACGCCGGUUAUACUGCCGGUGGUUUCAAAUGCUGAAAAACCUUGCAGUUACCUUUCUGAAAAAUUUAUUCAAUAAUGUUGAAUUUGUGCAAGUCUCAUGUGAUAUGAUAUGAUGAUUAUGCAACAUAAAACUUGCCAACGUGUA